AUGACUUUUCUCCAUACACUUCCCAAGUCCCUGACAANUGCUAAAUCAGUUUUCCUCUAUCCUAUUACAACAGACAUCGACGAAUGUAGCGGUUCAAACCCUUCUAACGACUGCGCGGAGACUGGGGGAGUUUGCAUCAACACACACGGAAGCUACAAGUGUAAAUGUGAGAAAGGAUAUAAGGGGAAUGGGAAGCAAUGUACAGAUAUAAACGAAUGUGUGGAACACGACUGCGACCAAGGAGACUGUCAGAACACUCAGGGAAGCUUUAGAUGUGACUGUUUUUCUGGAUAUGCUAUGAACGCAGAACGAGUCUGUGUGGAUGUCGAUGAAUGCGAGAUUGGUAACAACACCUGCGAAGCCAUUCCUCACAGUUAUUGUGUCAACUUGGAGAAGUUUCUUCCUGAGGACGAAGGUUAUCGCUGCAAGUGUGAGACUGGGUACAAAAAACUUGGCAAGAGCUGCGUUUUUGAAGGUAACAUGAAGGAGUGGAUUAAGUUCCUCGCGAUUAUCAUCGGAGGCUUUGUCGGUAUCCUGUUCUUGAUCAUCCUCUGUGCUGUGAUUUUCAGUAAAUGGAGAAACAGGACGCCUAAGUCAGAGAAGAAAGAUGAGGUCGUGGUGGCUCCGGUUGGCUUGGCACCUCCAGUAGACUUUGCCUAUCUUGAUAUGCCUCAAACUCAGCAAACAGGACAGGACGAGGACGACUGGAAAGAGCUAGAAGACGAAGACGUGGAGGACGACGACGAGGACUAAGUCAUCAGGCCAGAAGCGAGUCAGACUGUUGUUUGCUUUGUCAGCGGUUCUUUCUUCUUAAUAAAGAAAACUCAAAA